GUGGGUCAAAGCGGAUUAAUUCGCUUAUGUGCGGAACGUACUAUUGUCACAAGCCUGCCAGAAGGAGUUUUCCCCACAUUUAUCAGAGAAGUCAAAUGUGAAGGUGACAGCUGCCUCACGAAUGAGGGACGAUGCAUUCAGCGGUUCAUGGAGUUUACAUUUAUUCAUUUCACUGGGGAAUAUGAGUUCCAUGAAACCGUUAGUUAUUGGCCACGGAUUGAUAUUUACACCGAGGUAUGGGAUCCAUAUACGCAAGAAAUCGGUAUUUGCUGCGAAUGCCAAAGGCUGAGCUAAAACCUGGGCCGGUAGUUCCCUGGCUAUUAAGUAGGCUGUUUUCUCUUCGCUACUAGGCCUGCGCAACCUGGAAUUCCUUCUCCUGCUGUUUUUUCUUCCGUCGACUCGACUUUUUUCCACAUUGAAGAUUGGAGUCUUACACAUCCAUUUUCAAAAUAGACUAGAGAUGCAACAUUUUAUUUGAUUUUUGCCUCCAGAUAUAAAAAAAACCUAACAGUAGACGGUACUACUUUAAGAUGAUUUUGUUUUAUAAAUUAGGCACCGUAAAGAGUUUCUGAAGCUUACAUUUUGAGCGUUAGCUCCUCUUAAAAACAAAUAUAAUCAUAAUAGGCCUACCUCGCAAUUUUGUGGUUAAUAAUAGUUGCUGUUUUAAAAGUAAGGCAGGUUUUGCUGCACAUCGAAAAUAAACUGGAAGUUAGUUGACAAACGUUUCUUCUUACUCUCCCUCCCCCUCCCCCUAAAAUCCUCCACCCACCCCCUCCCUACCCCGUCGUUAAAUAAUGAGUGAUCCCUGAGCGCAGUUAUUAAGUAUAGUAGAUAGGCGUGGUUUUGAAUUCGAGAAUAUAUAGAAUUGGAAUUAAGUGUGUUUUUUUCAAUCAGAAAGCAUGUGUACCGUGUUGACUUUUGUGUAGCCGUACCCUUCCUCCCUUGCAGAAAAGGAAAACGUUUCUCUUCCGAGUAGAGGGUAAGGCUACACGUAGGCUAGGACCAUGUUGAACAAAUGUCAUGUUUACUCAAGAUGCUCAAACACCUUGAUGUUAAAUUUGUUCUCCUACUUAAUUUUAAUCAGUGUAUUAAAGAUAAAUUGUUGCAGAUAAAAAAAAAUAGAUAUGGUGACGAAACUCUUCGGCUCUUUACAAGAAGAAAAAUUAAGAAAAAUGCUCUAAACAGAAAUAUCUUUUCCUUGAUCAGAAAUAUCUUGGACUGAUGAACAGAUGUUACUUAAAAAAAAUUCAGCUCAGUAUACUGGCGGGCUGUAAUCAGCUGUUUUCAUGGGCCAUUGAUUUGCUUCCUAAAUUAGUUUGGUUCCGACUUUUCGGUAAAGUAGUUCUCUUUCCUUUCUGAAAUACUUGGAUCUCAAUAUCAACUCGGUAAAAUCCCGUGGCCUACGCGCUAGAGUUAUAAUACCAUGUUGUGACCGCUUUAUAACUCAGUAUAAUCCAAUUACAUCAAUAUUUUCGCCUUUAUGUAUUAGAUUAUUGUUCUUUAAGUGACGAUCUGGCUCUUACCUUGUGCGUCAUUAGGGCGAGUGCCAAAAUAACCACACUGAACCAUGACGUCAUUGCAUGACUAACUUUAAGUAGAAACAAUAAACAAUCAGAUAUUUGCUUACUGUUUCUAGGAGACAGAAGGUCACAGUUUCAAGUUGUUAUUCAAAUAUUGUCUCAGUCUACUAACUUUAAAUUUACGCUUUCGUCCUACUCUUUGACGGACAAUUACUUUGUCGACGAAAGUAUACAAUUCCAGAGUACGCAAAAUUAGUUUCGCGGAUGCCUUGAUUCUCUUCAAUGAAUGAUCGUUUUCCACAGUUUUUAGAGAUCUAAAACAAAUUCCGUUCUAUUUUUCUUUAAAUAUUUUGCUUUAUUUUCGCCCACAUCUUUUACUUCUUCCUAUGGAAAUACUCUUGCGUGGAAACAACGGAAGUUGUGAGCUAUAGAUCUUACAACUUUACACCAACGUCAUAACAAUCGAAGAACAAAGAAGUUCACCGAACUUUUACGAGUCAAAGGAGGAAUUUUCAAUUUAAGUAAAAGUGUGAUUUCUAAGAGAAUAUUUUCCCCCAUUAUUUAACUCUUAAAACUAAUAUUUUUUCCAGUCUAAGGUUAGGAUCAAGGUUUCUUUUGUUCACUAGCCGUCAAUCAGUUGCUGAUGGAUUUUGUCAGUUUUUUAUUAAUGAUUGAUUUAAAAUGCAAAAAUAAACCUAAUAUUACCCAGAGAAUCCACCACUUACACAAAAUAUACAGUGCUGAUGUCUGAUAUCCUUAUGACAAGCUACAAAUAUGCUAUUGACAAAAAGAUCAAUUGAAAACGUUAUACGCCGUUUUGCAUCAUAACUUGUAGCAACUUAACUAUGGUGAAAUCCGAACUUGCGAGAAUUAACAAAGAAAAAACGAAUUAUAAUAGCAAACCUGCUCAGCUAUAUUUUUAUUUCUCCUUUUUUGGUAAACGUCUAAAGUUCUGUCGGCCCUUUUGGCUGGUGAAAGCAGUAACAGGAAGUACACAGGUAGCUAGUAAUAAAGCUUCAUCAUUAUGCAAAACAAGUAUUAAGCUAAAGGCUAUUAUUAUUUAUUUAUAAAGCCACAAAAGAAGAAUAAAAUAUUUCGAGACAAAGAUAUUGCUUUCUGCUUUUUCCGCCUUGACUGGUUAAAAAGAGUUCGUUAUACUCACAAAAGAUUAGAACGACUGCAGAGCUGAACAAUAGAAAAGCGAUCUGAACAGACUGAGGCCUUAGUUACUUUUAAAAAGGUAUGCCACGGAAGUUAUGCUUGGUUAUAAAUUUACUUGUUCUUUAUAUCCAUCUGAUUUUAUAAGUUUUGGUCGUUGAUGCAUAUAUAUUACGCUGGCCUUACACAAGCAGCGACAAAGUUUCAAGCCCAGUAAAUUAUUUUUUGACGAUUGCAAAGUUUGGGUGUAGCAAGAAAACUCUCUUACAUAACUUAAAUCCAAAAUGUAUGAUUCUUUGAUUGAGUUUUGCUUAAAAAACAUAAAUUCGCUAUUAAUUUGUUUAUAAUUGGUACUGUCAAUCAUGAUUUUUCUUCUUAGGACGAGAGUAGAACAUGUCUUUUGUAUCUUUGAUAUUCUUAAUCGAGAGAGUUUUUGUGUUACGUCGGAGUAUUAAGAUAUGUCUGAGCGCUUUUGUAAAGACUUGUAUACGGUUUAUAUAAAGCUUCUCUUUUUAAAGAAAUUCUGGAUUCCUCCGCGUUCUGCCGUUGAAAUUCCGCUCCAUGAAAAGCUUACCACUAUACUUUGUUACUUUCUCAAGGAAAGUUUAAUGCCGAUUGAGAAAUAACUGCAAAUGUCUAUAUCUUCAAAUUUCGACUUUGUUCCUUUCCUUUUUAAUUGAGUCAAAUAUUGAACAGCGGUUAUGACUCUGUAUCGGAAACCUGAAAAUAUCAACUUAAAAGUAAAAAAGAAAUAAUAAUAACUUCGUUUGAUGGCUUAACAAACAGGCUAAACGGAAGUGUGACAUAUAUAUGUUUUGUCAGAAGUCACGAGUCAAAAGGGAAAAAAAGAAGACAGCGACGGUAAACGAGGACACAACAAAACAAAAUAUCUAAUUGGCAGAAGAAUAGCGCAUCACGAGCGGUUUAACACAAUGCUGUACAUUUAUAGCCGUCCUCUGCAAAACAACUUGACGUGAAGUCACCAAAAUCUGCGUGGUCCCAGAACGAAAACCACGGCGGUAAAUAAUUUAAGAGUAAAUGUCAGUAAAAAUCAAGGAAAAUUCAAAAAACGUGGCCACGGUCAAAAAAUCGAUUGCGCUCAUACUUUGUCAGUUUGAAGGCCUAGGUAAGUAACUGAAGGAUAUGAGGUUAGUUUUUUGAAAUAUUCCAUAUAACGGCAGAAAACCACGAAAAACGGUCACCCUACCGGAAGCUCGGAUUUCGCCUGGCGGAAACUCGAAAUUUUACACUUUUCAGCUUCUCGCUACACAGACGUUUACUUAGCUGUGAAUCUUUCUUAAGUAUAAUUGAAUACAUUGAUUCUUCCUUAGUCAAACCAUGGGAAUUAUUUUUAUCUCUGCUUAUUUGUGAGCGAACUGAGACCCGAUUAAGAAGACACACUUUUCUCAUUUACGCGAAGGUGUAAAAUAAUCCAAACUCAGUGACGAAAAAAGCUAACCGGUAGUUCUUCAAAUCCUCUGAUAUUAUAACCAAAGACAGUUCAGUCAUUGAUUUUUAUGUCUACGGUUUUAAAUCUUUAGGAUCUAGUAGCACUUUUGCAUGAACGCCGAUCAAAAUUCGAUAAAAUUCCAAUUGAGCGCCUUUGAAAUCAUAACAAAGCACUAUUGAAUAAAUUAACUCCUCGGCCAAAGUUUGUACAUAAAACAUAAGGGUUUUGCUUUUUUAGCGGUUUGAAGCGUUUUAAAAAUAUAUAUUGAUGUUAAAUAUUGUCUACACAGGUAAAACAAACUAUGAAACACCAAAAUUACCACGAGCUGAAAUUAAAUCUCACAGGCUAGCUCCCUAAUCUGCGUCACGCACGAGCGACUUAGCUACAAUUAGUACAGUAACAAACAGAUAUUUACAUCCGUUGAUUUUAAAUAAGUCGUAUUUUUAAAAUAUCUUACUCAAAGAUGUGCCAGGUUUCCCAGUUAACUUGCUGGAAAAAAAAAGAAAACCUUAAUAGUAAUUCUAGCUCAAUUAGAAUUGAUUUUAUUUAGUAUGAGAAGUUUUGUGCCGUCGAAAACCAAUCGGAAGUAACUGUUUCCACGAAAAGCAAAUAUUGCAUCGUUCUCUAAAUAAACAAAUCUACUUAACCAUAUAACCAGAGUAUGUUGUUGGCGAAGUUAAUAGACAUACAUAACAACGACGUCUUGCUCGUUCUUGAAUAUUGUCGGUGGGAUUUGCGGCGCAGACGAACGCACUUGCUAAGUAACUUCCAAUGGCUAAUUUCUACCCUUACUCAGCUUUCGUCACACUGCUCACGCUGGGUAACAAGGAUAUAAAACAUCGCACGAAGUCCUAAAAAACUCUCCGGACUUGAACCAGAAUUGAUUUUAGCAAGAUUGCGUGUUUUUAAAAGCCAACGAGUUUAUAGGAGAUGACUACCCGUACCGUCUCAUCGUGUCACUUAGGCAUAACCUGACACGAUGUCGAUAGUUUCGACUCCUGAUGGCCGAGAGCACUCGGAUUUCUUUUUUUCCGAGUACGCCUGUGUCACUUACUGAAUAAUACAUCAUUCUCAUUUAUUCACCAGGCUUAAAAAUAUUCCAUCACAUUUAUUCCAUUGCGCGUAUGCCACACAUGACAUUCCAAUCCUAGCAGUAUGCAGGAUGUUUGUCCCAUGAAGCACUCGGACUAUACAGUGCAGCGCACUAUACAGUGCACACACUAAUAUAAUCGCAAUCCAUAAAAAAAUGAGAGGCAUUAAUUAAAGGUUGUUAUAAAAAAAUUGGAUUGGACAACUGAAUGAAGAGAUAAGUAACGAAAUGUCCUUCAUCAACCUUACUUAUUUCUCUCCGUCGUUUAAACAAAUGAUUCUUUCAUAUAAUCUCAAGUCAUCAGAAUGAAUAGACUAAAAAUAAUUCAUUGGAGACAGUUUCUGUUUGGUAGAACAUCAAGUAGUUGGUUGCUUACCUGAGCCCACAGGGACGAGCUGUUUUGAAAGCUCAAAUAUCUUCAUGGAUUGGAAUAAAUUUAUUCCUUUUUCCAGUGCGGGUGCCUUCCUCAGCUCCUUGCAGUGACCAGAAACAACUUCCGGGAUGGUGCAAAGAUUACCCGUCCUUCGCCAACCUAAACCUAACUUGGCACGAUGAACCGGACAGAUAGUCAUAUCCGAUAAAUUCGCCGGCUUUUGAAAACAUCCACAUCUCGCCAAAAUUAAUUCUACCUCCGUUUCAAUUCCGGAAAAUUUCAACGAUUUUUUUGCGAUUUUUGAUAUCCCUGUUACACCGCGUGAGAGGCGUGACGGAAGUUGAAGAACUUGUGCGUCCGUCUGCGCCGCAAAUCCCACCAACAAUAUUCAAGAACGAGCAAGACAUCGCUGUUCUAUGAAGUUCCCCGACAAUAAACUCUGGUUUUAGAUGCAAUGUUUCACAGAUAAAGAUAAUUCGAUUUAUUUAUUUAAAGAACGAUGCAAUUUUCGUGAGAACAGGUACUUCUGAUUGGCUAUCGACGGCAUAAAGCUUCUCAUUCUUAAUAAAAUCAAUUCUUAUCGUUUCAGUUUUAAUUGCUAUUAUGAUAUUUUCUUUUAUUUUUACUUCAGUAAGUUAACUGGGGAACCUGGCACAUCGUUGAGUAAGAUAUUUUAAAAUAAGACUUAUUGUAAAUUAACAGAUGUAAAUAUCUGUUUGUUACUGUACUAAUUGUAGCUAAGUCGCUCGUGUGUGACACAGAUUAGGGAGCGAGCCUGUGAGAUUUAAUUUCAGCUCGUGGUAAUUUUGGUGUUCCAUAGUUUGUUUUACCUGUGUAGACAAUAUUUAACAUCAAUAUAUAUUUUUAAAAGGUUCAAACCGCUAAGAAAGUAAAACCCUUAUUUUUUAUGUACAAACUUUGGCCGAGGAGCUAAUUUAUUCAAUAGUGCAUUGUUAUGUAGAGUUGUAGAUUUCAAAGGCGCUCAAUUGGAAUUUUAUCGAAUUUUGAUCGGCGUUCAUGCAAAAGUGCUACUAGAUCCUAAAGAUUUAAAACCGUAGACAUAAAAAUCAAUGACUGAACUGUCUUUGGUUAUAAUAUCAGAGGAUUUGAAGAACUACCGGUCAGCUUUUUUCGUCACUGAGUUUGGAUUAUUUUACACCUUCGCGUAAAUGAGAAAAGUGUGUCUUCUUAAUCGGGUCUCAGUUCGCUCACAAAUAAGCAGAGAUAAAAAUAAUUCCCAUGGUUUGACUAAGGAAGAAUCAAUGUAUUCAAUUAUACUUAAGAAAGAUUCACAGCUAUGUAAACGUCUGUGUAGCGAGAAGCUGAAAAGUGUAAAAUUUCGAGUUUCCGCCAGGCGAAAUCCGAGCUUCCGGUAGGGUGACCGUUUUUCGUGGUUUUCUGCCGUUAUAUGGAAUAUUUCAAAAAACUAACCUCAUAUCCUUCAGUUACUUACCUAGGCCUUCAAACUGACAAAGUAUGAGCGAAAUCGAUUUUUUGACCGUGGCCACGAUUUCUUUGAUUUUUACUGACAAUCACUCUUAAGUUGUUACUUGGAACUUGACGUUAUGGCAGAGUAGAUAUAUAUGGCGCCGUAAGAGACGGUGACACAUCCAGCUGUUCUCAAAAUUCUAACUAAAAUUAAAAAUUCAUUUGUUAAUCGACUUCCUCCGCGGCGUUGCUUUCCUGAUUGCAUAGGUGAUUUGUUUUUCAAGAUGAGAGAACAGAAGGUUCCACUUAAAAUCUGUCACACGAGUCCAACUGUUUCUAACUUUCUUAAAGAGUUUACAAACAGUUGCGCCGUCCGAUCAAACAAUGAACACUUGUGAACAUUUCCACGCAAGCCAAUUUAUACAUCAGCCAACACCAACGUCAACAAGCAUGACAGGCAAGAUUAGUAUACCACGAACUGAUUUCACUCGCGGAAAACUGAUGUUAAGAAAAUAAACACAGACCGACGGUUUAAAUUCAGUUAAAAUAUUAAUCGAAGUUCACUUGUCAGCUAAACAGCCUUGGAUAAACACGUACCCUGUCAAGGCAGCAAUUGUUAUCCAAGAAUUGUAGUCGACAUAGCAUUUUCCCCCUAAUAAUGGCUGCCAAAUAGCUGGCUUUUUUAAUCAGUCUUUCUCUUUAUUUGCAAUUAAAUCUAACCCACUUACGAGAGGUAAGGUGUAAAGAUGACAGAUUAAACUCAGUAUUAUUGAUUUUCUUUAAGGUUAGACAAGUGUUGGAGAAGUUGACCAGCCAGUCUAGAGAAGCAUGGAGAUACCUGUGAAACCGAAGGUGAAAAUUUUACUUAUAUGGAGCCUAAGUUGCUUCGCUGUAUAUUAGACAAAUAGGGUAAGAUUUUGGCCGCACCUAUUUGCUGUUAUCCUUUACAAACUAUAAUUUAGUAACACUCCACAAGUUAGAUAACAGUGGCUUCUUAGCUGAGUUGGCAGAAAGGCCCAACUACUGUUUGGGAGACAACGGAUUCGAACUCUGUUUCAGCCACAAUUUUUCAAGAUUUCUUUUCCUUUAAUUUCUUCAAUCUGAUUGCAGUUCAUCUACGAGGAUCCGUCACUAAUUUCAGAUUUUUGUCAAUUUUGAUGGUUAAUUCAUUUUUUCUUAUGGAAUAUUCUUCCAUUUUAUCGCAUUUCUAAACAGAUAAUGUCACUAGUCUUGCUUAUGAUUGUCGUCUGGGCUACGCUUCCGACUUCUAGUGGGAGGACUCGAAUUUUGCGUCAACGCCGAACAAGAACAUCACGUAAACCUUUAAUAACAUCAAGGCCUAAAAUUCAAGAAAAAGAUUGCACUCGCAUCGUCGAUUCAGUUCCUAAAUAUCGUGGAAGGUUACUCCGGAGUCAUCAGCUAUGCGUUCGCCUCAAUGAAACCCAGUUAAUGAGCAAGCUUCGUAUCACUGGUGGAGGUUUCAACCCACGAUACAUGGCCAUUGACAAGACAGAUUCUUGCAGAUUUCAGGAUCUAGCUGUUGCAGACGAGCUUCCUGUACAACCCGCUACGCCAUCUGAGGCCCAACCUGAUCAUCGGCCACGCCAAAUUCAGCAAGACCCCUCUGACAAUGAUUUGAGCCGCAUUUUGGAUGAGCCAGAAGUAGGUGAUCAGGAAGGAGGCCAGUUGAGACAGAAACGGAUGACAUCCUUGAGCCCAGGCUCCGCCCUGCGUGGCUGCUGGGGUCGAGGCUCAACCGUGGAUAACACUAACUUAAGACGCCUCUGUACAGAGUGUGCCGCAACCACAAGACUUCCAUCAAAAGUGUUCCCGCCCUUUAUCAACGAAGUCAUUUGUGACGAUUCCGACCAUUUGUGUUUUCGAGCCAUUGGAAGAUGUGUGCAGCGUUACAUACAGUUCACAUUUCUUCGCUUUACUGGAGACUUCGAGAGAGAUGAUGCUCUGAGCCAAUUAUUAGGAGUUAAUGUUUACAUGGAGGAGUGGGAAGAUUAUGAACAAGAUAUCAGAUCCUGCUGUGAAUGCCGGAUAUUUUCAAUAUUCGGACGCAAAUAA